UCUUUGCUUUGUUUGAUGUUAGUAUGACAAUCCUAUUGAUGUUGGUUUGAAUUUCAUUUUGUUAUGUGCUUCGUUUGGAUAAGAUGAGGGUUCAGAGGUUUGAGUGUCCUGUGUUCGGUGGAUAAAUUUUGGGGGUUCUGAGGUUCAUAGGUUUGAAGGGUCAAAGCAAAGGGACAUGAUCCUUUCUUGUGUUCGGUGUGGGUGAGUUCAAAUAGAGGGGAGCAUUGGUAUCUAGGUUCGUAGGGUGAGUGAUUAUGGCUGUAAUAGCUUAGUCUACUAAAAUCAAAGAGGGACCAGCCUCAUCGUGGUAAUUAUCGGACAUCUCUGAUCGUUCACCUCUAAUGUGACACGUUCCCUCCCAGUUAUAUGAUCCACGGGAUCAGUCGGCUAGAGAGCGGGGCUAUUCUUCUUCCGGGGAGUGAAAGUCGUCCCCUCAGUUCGGGGGUCUUCGUCAACAUGUUUUGAGGCUCCAGUCUUCGGCGGGUCACCAUUACUUGACUUAGAAAGGCGAACAUCUAGGCAAGGGAAAUUGCAGUGCGCCUGGUGCAAAUGGCUUUCUUUUUUCAUGAUAUACCAAUCAGAAUGGAGGACCCUACCUACGUACAUGAUUGAUAGAAGAACUACCUAGGGGGUCGGUCAACUUGAUGCGGGAGAGGCAUGAGUGCAGUUCGAUCUUGUGGUGUAUUCGUUUGUAGUGAGUAGGGCCUCUUUUUUAUCAGUUUGCCUCCGCUCUAUUGAAAGGUCUCCAUUCCUAUGGCGGUUUUGUCAACGAACGCGUCUCGGGCCGGAUUGACUAACCUAACCCUUACUUAAGGGGGCCUUGCCAUAGUUGGGUGCUCUGCUUUAGUGUGAUUUACGAAGGAUAGGCUAGUAAUACCAAAAAAAAUGAAAAGAGAUCGGGGUCGAUAGUUGGCAAGGAACUUGAUCCCCCCAAAACACAAAAGGGGUAAGUUGGAUUUUUUCGAAUUGAUUGGAAGAAGAAAGAAUAGGUGUAGCGAAGAAAAAAAAAAUAGGAGCUAGAAAGAAAGGGUAGGUUGAAUCUGAAAAGUACUCUGUGGGGGUAACUAUGUUAAGUUAAUUGGGUAUCGUAAAAAAAAAAAUGUUAUGUGCUCCAGGGGUGUUGUUGGUGAGAAUGAGAGAGACUACACAUGAGUGGGAGUGUGUCUAAAGGAUAAUUUUAGGCCAAAAAUGUGAAAUGGGGAAACCUGUGAACUUUACCUUAACUCAAAAAUAGAACCAGUUAAUUCCUGCAACCUUACAAUUGAUGCAACAAUCAGCAUCGUACAAAAUGAUACCAAGGUCAUAUAAGUAUCAAACGGAGACUGGUACAAGAACUGAGUUGUUAUAAGCCUUGCAAUUAUAAAAGGUUUCACAGUAUCAAUCCUCAGGUUACGGGAGCUGUUUGCAAGUGUUUCUACAUACUAUGGUUUAGGUUAUCUAAUGCAUACAGUUGUUACACAGUGGAUUUAUUUUUCUCCAACCCUUUCUCUCUCCACAUUCCACCGGUUCCUCACAAUCACAACACCGCCGCCUAUGACAUCGUCACCGGGUAGUCCAACCACCACAUCCAGUGCUGUCAAACUCUCUUCCUACAUAAUACUAAGCUUUCUCAGGAACUAGUUGUCAAUCACAAACCCAAGUAUUUUUUUUAUUAGAUUCACCACUUCAUUUCGCUGAAAACUGCUGCCUUGAAGUUUAUUCACUCCAAUGUUCUUCAACUUUAAGGAACCUGCAGUCAAAACAAUCAAACUCUCCUUUAAAUAUCAUUUUUUGCACAUCCAGAGAUACAGUUAUGUGAAUAUGUAUAUGAAAUGGAAAAAGGAUUCAUACUAUGACUCAAUUGAGCACAUCCACUACUCCAUUCAGCUCAAGCCUAUCAUUGCCCUCAAAAACUGCAUUGUCCGGGAUCCCAAUGGCUGCAUUCCUAUCUCUGCAGUGUCAAAGAGGGGAUUAGAGUUAGAUGUUCCCAUGAAGGUUGCAAGGUUUAUGAGGCAGUAUCCAUCCAUCUUUGAGGAGUUUACGGGUCCUGAAUACAAUCUUCCAUGGUUCAGGUUGACACCGGAAGUUGCUGAGAUUGACAGGGAUGAGAAGAGAGUAUAUGAAGAAUGCAGGGAGGACUUAAGGUCCAGGUUGAGGAAGAUGAUAUUGAUGACCAGAGAGCAUGUUCUACCUUUAAAGAUAAUUCAAGGGAUGCAGUGGUAUUUGGGGUUGCCUAGUGAUUUUCUGCAGCACCCGGAGCAAAUUCUUGAUGAACCUUUCAGGUUUGUAGAGAUGGAAGAUGGAUUGAAGGGGUUGGCUCUUGAAAGCAGAGAAAAGAUUUAUUCUGUAAUGGAGAGAAAUGCAAUGAAAAGUGGUUUUUACUCUGGGGGUCCAAUGGAAGCCAUUGAAUUUCCAUUUUUUCCAUCAAAGGGUUUAAGGUUGAGGAGGAAGAUUGAGAACUGGCUAAAUGAAUUUCAGAAGCUUCCAUAUAUUUCACCUUACGAUUAUUUUUCAAACUUGGAUCCAAACUCUGACAUAGCAGAUAAAAGACUUGUGGGAGUUCUUCACGAACUGCUUUCCCUUUUUGUCGAGCAUUCAGCCGAGAGGAAGAAGUUGUUUUGCCUCAAGAAGUAUUUUGGGUUGCCACAGAAAGUUCAUAGAGCGUUUGAGCGGCAUCCCCAUAUGUUUUAUCUAUCUUUCAGGAACAAAACUUGUACAGUCAUUCUAAAGGAAGCUUACAGCAAUAAAUCAGCUAUUGAGAAGCAUCCUCUGUUGAGGGUCAGGAAGAAAUACAUCAAGUUGAUGAAGAAAUCAGAAGUGAUUUUAAGGAACAGGAGGGUGAAUAAUCGAUUUUCUAAUAGUAAUGCAAAAUUGGAUAUAGACUCAAAUGAUCUAGAUGAAAAGGGACAUGAGAUGGCAAGUUGCUCUUUGGAACAGGUUGCGUGAAAAUUUAUACCAGACCACUUGAGGUAAACAUGAAAU